UCAGUAUUUCCAAAAGCAUACAAUAGUCCGAGCCAAAGGCCAGCAAGAUCAGCAUAAGUAUAAAGGCUGACACGUUUCACAGCCCUUGUCUCAUAACUCGGGUCUCUGAUUUUUCCGAGUAUUCACUCAUCUCGACGUUCACGACACGAGUCCGACAACCUCCAUGACUUCUACCGUAACACACACCAUCAAAUGUUCUGACUCCGAGUCCACAGAGUUCAUUUUACCUGACUUCUUCAGCAAUUGCCGCUAUCCCAUGCGAUUAAACCCUCACCAUGAUCAAGUAUCUUAUGCUUCUGAUCAAUGGGCUCGUAGCGAAGCCAAUCUACCAGAAUCCAAGGCUCUCAAAUAUUCUACGUUAUUGCGCCCAGCUUACUUCGCUUCAUCUUGUUACCCUGAUGCAGAUGCUUUCCAUCUCAGGGUCUGUGCGGACUUCCUGGGCUGGACAUUCAUAAUAGACGACUGGCUCGAGCUCGAUAAGUUUGAAGUUAAUGAUGCGUUGGAGAUCCGUGACUGCUGCAUGUCUGCGUUCCGUGAUCCUGUCAACUUCCAGACGGAAAAUCAUAUUGCAAAGUUGUGCAAAUCAUUCUUCAGCCGGUUUAAGGAGACUGCCGGCCCUGGCUGUACAGAGCGCUUUAUCCAGAGAAUGGAGUUAUGGUACACCUCUGCGGCAAAGGAGAUGGACAGCCGCACCAAGGGAUAUGUCUAUGAUGUUGAAUCCUACAUCGAAUUGAGGCGCGACUUGAGCGGCUGCAAGCCUUGCUUUGCCUUUAUAGAAUUCGCCUGUCAGAUUGAUCUUCCCGACGAAGUAAUCUCGCAUCCGGUCAUCACAGCCCUGGAGGAGGCUGCCAAUGACUUUGUUGCUUGGUCGAAUGAUAUAUUCUCCUAUGAUAUGGAGCAAUCUAACCAUAGCACACGUAAUUUAGUUCAUAUCCUCAUGGUCAAACAAGGUCUCGACCUGCAAGGCGCUGUUGACUACUGCGGCCGGCUAUGCAAUAUCUGCGUCCAAAACUUUGAAGAACACCGUGCUAUCCUCCCCUCGUGGGGAGAAGAAGUUGACAAGGAUGUAGCUAUCUACGUCCAAGGACUGCAGAACUGGAUUGCCGGUUCGGUUCAGUGGUCCUUCGAGUCCGCCCGCUAUUUCGGGAAGGAUGGGCAUGUUGUCAAGCGGAACAGAGUCGUCAAGCUGUCUCCCAAGCGACCACUAUGAAAUCCACAGCUAUUGCUCUAUUAUAGAAAGUUUCAUCAUUAUCUGUGUCUUGCUAUGUGUUAAGCUGCUUUUUUAUUACUGAAUGCGCAUCAUAUUUCGCCUUCCUUCCUACUCAGAACGUUUUUGA